AAUUGAAUACUAAGGCCACUUGUGAAAUGCCGAGCAUCUCUGAGCAACCUGGUGUCAAUUAUGCUUCUACUUCUGCAGGUAACUACAUUUGCUCAACGCUUGAGGAACCUUGCCUUAAUUUUACUGCUUGGAUCAUAGAUUCUGGUGCGACUACGCAUGUUUGUUGCAACUUGAGUCUGUUUGCUGACAUUAAUAGUAUCUCAGAAACUACUGUUAAAUUACCUAACAGUACUAAGAUUGCCAUAACUCAAUCUGGUACUGUCAAGUUGUCAGAUAAGCUUCUUCUCAAAAAUGAGUUUACUCAGGGCUUGAUGAUUGGUAAAGGUCGUUUACAGAAUAAACUCUAUUUCUUGGAUUCUGAGUCACAGUCAUCACAGUCUCAAGCUUCUUCUCUCAUUUGCAAUCUCAAUAAUUCUGACUCCAGUUCUCUAUGGCAUUCAAGACUGGGUCAUCCCUCUUUUUCAAAGAUUCAAGCUCUUUCUGAAGAUCUUUCUCUUUCCAAAACAAAGCUUAAAGAUUGGUCUCAUUGCAAGACUUGUCAUCUAGCAAAACAGAGGCGUCUUUCUUUUCCUUCUCUUAAUAAUGUUUCAAAGAACCCUUUUGAUCUUGUUCAUUUGGAUGUUUGGGGUCCUUUUUCUGUUGUCUCUACAGAGGGUUUUAGAUACUUUCUAACUCUUGUAGAUGAUUGUAGUCGUGUUACAUGGGUUUAUCUUUUAAAAUCAAAGAGUGAUGUCUUGACUGUUUUUCCCAGCUUUCUUAAUCUUGUUGAAACUCAAUAUUCACAAAAAGUCAAGGCUAUUCGUUCAGAUAAUGCUCCAGAGCUUUCUUUUACUUCUCUUUUAGCCUCCAAAGGAAUUUUCCAUUAUUUUUCAUGUGUUGACACACCACAACAAAAUUCUGUUGUUGAAAGAAAACAUCAACACAUUCUCAAUGUGGCUAGAGCACUUCUUUUUCAAUCAAAUGUGCCUUUAGAGUAUUGGAGUGACUGCAUUAAAACUUCUGUAUACCUUAUAAACAGAACUCCAUCUCCUUUGCUAAACAAUAAAACUCCUUUUGAAAUUUUGCUCAAAAAGAAACCACUCUAUUCCAAUCUUAAAGCCUUUGGCUGUCUUUGUUAUGUGUCUACUUAUCCUAAGGAUAGACACAAGUUUACACCAAGGUCUGAAGCUUCGGUUUUUCUUGGUUAUCCUUCGGGUUAUAAAGGAUACAAAGUCUUAAAUCUUGAAACACAUUCUAUUUCCAUUUCUCGCAAUGUUAUUUUUCAUGAAGAUAUCUUCCCUUUUCAGUCUCUGGAGCUUUCAUCAAACACUCUUGAUCUUUUCUCUUCCAAUAUCCUUCCUCUUCCUAUACCAGAUACUUCUUCUAUACAUUCACCCAUUCCUUUUCCCUCUGAAGUCUUAUCUGAUAACAGUAAUUCAUCAAUAGAUUCUGAGGUUACUAUUUCUGUUAAUGGAAACAGACCUAAGCGAAACACUCGUGUUCCAUCGUAUCUGAAUGAUUACCACUGUAACUUGGUCAAUCACAUAUCAAAUGACAGUGGUAAUACCUCUCAUCCUCUGCAAUCUGUGUUGGAUUAUUCAAGACUGAAUGAUCAUUAUCAACAGUUCAUAUUGAAUAUCUCCUCUGAAUCUGAGCCCAAGAAUUUUCAAGAGGCUGUUAAAUCAGAAAAAUGGCAUGCUCCUAUGAAUGAGGAACUUCAGACAUGUGUUAAUACUGGCACUUUCUCAGUUGUUUCUCUACCAGAAGGAAAACAACCGAUUGGUUGUAGAUGGGUUUAUCGGAUAAAACACAAUGCAGAUGGAACAGUUGAUCGUUAUAGAGCUCGCUUAGUAGCUAAAGGCUACACUCAACAAGAAGGUGUUGAUUACAUAGACACUUUUUCACCAGUAGCAAAGCUUGUCACAAUUUACAUGGACUUGCCUCCUGGUUAUACACCACCUAAGGGAGAAACUUUGCCACCUAAUGCUGUUUGGAAGCUACAUAAGUCCUUAUAUGGCCUGAAGCAAGCAUCAAGACAAUGGUACAAGAAAUUUUCAGAAGUUUUGCUGCGAGACGGUUUUCUACAGUCAGAAUCAGAACACACUCUGUUUGUUAAAUACAAUGAUGGUAUCUUCAUUGCCCUACUGGUCUAUGUUGAUGACAUUGUCAUUGCUAGUAACAAUGAUGAUGCUGUUUCCCAAUUGAAAGCCACUCUUGCUGCAGCUUUUAAAUUGAAGGAUCUUGGUCAGGUCAAAUAUUUUCUUGGACUUGAGAUAGCCAGAAAUAAAGACGGCAUCUCUCUUUGUCAGCGCAAAUACACUUUGGAUUUGUUGGAAAGUGUAGGUUUUCUUGGCUGUAAACCUGUUGCAACACCAAUGGACUACACUGUUCACUUACAUGCAGAGAGUGGGGAUAUUCUACCAGAUGCAACAGUUUACAGAGCUUUAAUAGGAAAACUUCUAUAUCUUACCAUCACUAGAGCAGACAUCACUUAUGCAGUUCAUAAAUUGAGCCAAUUCCUAGCUCAACCAAGAACUCACCAUCUAGAAGCUGCUCAUCGUGUGAUCAGGUAUUUGAAAGGAGAUCCGGGUCGUGGAUUGUUUUAUUCUGCACAUUCUGAGAUUCGUUUACAAGCCUUCUCAGAUGCAGACUGGGGUACAUGUCAAGAUACAAGACGAUCUACGACGGGUUUCUGUGUUUUCCUUGGAGAUUCAUUGAUUUCUUGGAAAGCAAAGAAGCAACAGACUGCCUCAAGAAGCAGUGCAGAGUCAGAAUACAGAGCUUUGGCUGAUACAACUUGUGAAUUAUUGUGGUUAAGUAAACUCUUGAAGGAUCUUCAUGUUCACAUCAGUGGUCCUGCAACUAUAUACUGUGAUAGUACUGCCGCAAUUCACAUUGCCUCCAAUUCGGUUUUUCACGAGCGCACAAAACACAUUGAGAUUGAUUGCCACAUCGUUCGUGAUAAACUGAGGGCUGGUUUUCUGAAUCUCAUGCAUGUUACCACAGACAAUCAGUUAGCUGACUUGUUUACCAAAGCUCUACCUCCCAAGACAUUCAAGCUUCUCAUGUCAAGAUAUGCAUUUUCAAGUCUCUUUCUUCCCGCAUGAAGAAUUCGACUUGAGGGAGGGGUAUUACGAUAUAGUAUAGUGUAUACUUGUACAUACAUAGUUUUAUACAUGUAAUCUUAUUUAGUAUAUAAACUACCUUGUAUACA